AUCUCCUUUAACUGAAGCACCGGGGCUCAAACAAGUCUCCAUGAAAAGACUUUUACUGGUGGACAUAUGGUAAUGGAUCAAAAUUAGUUUUUUUAUUGAAAAACUUUUGAACUCUCCAUUUAGACUUCUUUUUAUUGGAUUCACAAAGUUUCAGCAACUCUUUCAGUUCUGUGGAUAACUUGGAUUGAACUGUUUGAAGAACGUGUUGCUGCCUACAGAAGCGUCCCAAUUCCCUUUUUCAAAACGAUGGGGACCCACCUCGACCCUCUGAGGGAGCUCUUAAGGUGCAAAAUGUGAGCAUCAGCCACAAAGAAGAGAACAGAUCCAUUAAUAGGAUGCAGCAGAACUUUUAUUUUGAUGUGACAACACCUUCAACUUUGAUUGACUGAGCUGAUCCAGUGAAAGAUGAACAUCACAAACCAAACGUCUUAUCAAACAGGGGGAUUUUUGGAGACGAACAGCUCAAACCAAGCAUCCUACCAUCCUCCACAGGGACAUUGGUUCCUUAUUGUCGUGGUCAUUGUCAUCCUGAUCACGGUGGUGGGAAACCUGCUGGUCAUUAUUGCUGUGGCACGCACCCCACAGCUGCAGACUUCAACCAACAUCUUCAUCAUGUCCCUGGCAUGUGCAGACCUCAUCAUGGGGGUCCUGGUGGUGACCCCCGGGGCCAGUUAUGUUUCAACAGGUAACUGGCAGUUCGGUGACACAAUCUGUGACCUCUGGACUUCGGUUGAUGUUCUCUGUGUGACGGCGAGCAUUGAAACUCUUUGUGUCAUCGCAGUAGAUCGGUAUAUAGCCAUCACAAGGCCGCUGAGACACAAAGUGCUACUUUGUAAGUUCCGUGCUAGACUAAUAGUUUGUUUAGUUUGGGUUGUGUCCGCCGUAACUUCUUUUAUACCAAUUAUGAUUGGGUCUUGGCGUGUCGAGCCUGACGAGACAGACUGCUAUAACAGAACUGAAUGCUGUGACUUUAUAACAAAUGCUACAUAUGCUGUCUCAUCCUCUGUGGUGUCCUUUUAUAUUCCUCUGAUCAUAAUGAUAAUUGUGUACACAAAAGUCUUCGUAAUAGCAAAACGGCAAGUCCAGCUCAUAGACAAAAAUCGGUUCCGUUUCCAGAACGAAUGCCCGUCAGCACCGAUCCAAACAGGUCUCAGCAUUAACCACAUCUUGCCUUCAGCAUUAGUGGGCUCCGGCAGCAAUCCUGUGAGAAAAAAGAGCUCUAAGCGGAGGCCAUCCCGGCUACAGCUCGUCAAGGAGCACAAGGCUAUUAAGACUUUAGGUAUCAUCAUGGGAACCUUCACUGUGUGCUGGCUGCCUUUCUUUGUUGCCAACGUCAUCAACGGAUUGAGCAAUGAUAUUAUUGACAAGCAUAUCUUCCUGCUGUUGAACUGGCUGGGUUACAUAAACUCUGGCCUCAAUCCAAUCAUCUACUGCAGAAGUCCAGAGUUCCGGGCUGCGUUUAAGAACCUGAUGGGGUGCCCGUGGCUCUCCACACUGUGGCUGAACGCCCUCCUUAAGGAACUACGAACUCGCUGCUCCUGCUUUCUGUGGCAAACUAACCCAGGCUCGGCGGGCUCCUUACAAAAGUCUCCUGAGGACAGGACUGAGGGCAGCGAGAGUUCGGCCAGCAGAAGCAAGGAGGCAUCUUUUGGUCCUUUGCAGACAAAUGGCAACGCACACUUCAACAACAGUUCACAGCCAGAGUCCAAGUUCUUCAUGUUGCAGGAAACAAAUGGCUAAACUGUAAAACCUUAACCCACUGACGCAAACUGUGAUUUCUGCACAACCUGAGACCAAACAGCAAGUGAGAAGAGGAGAAGUUCACCCCCACCCCACAACCCCACCUAUGAGACGACUGGACUGUCCAAAAAAAUAAGCUGAUUUGGACCGAACAGGAACCCCAGGACUUUUUCAAUACAUGUAUGUAUAUAUAUAUAUAUAUAUAUCUGGAGAAGAAGCGACGGGCUGGCAAAGCUUGUUGAUUCUCAGACUCUUGUUGGCACCACACGGACUUCCUGCUGUCAUGGACAAACCGACAUGGUGUUUACAAAGACUGUCCGUCCACAAAUAGUUUCUUAAAGCAUUCCAGUCAAACUCUGGACAAUGAGUACAAUAUGUGGGCCUGUGUUUGCAGAAAUAUCAGCAUGAAGUCUUCAAGUAAAAAGGACAUUAUGUGGUAACUUAUGUAUUUAUGAUGCACUGAAUCUGGAGCGAAAUGCAAACAUCGGCUACAAAGCUUUCUUUACGGUAGAGACAUUUUCAUUACACAAACCUUUUGAGUGGCAUUUCAUCCAAACCAGAGCGCUUCACAUUGAAAUACUCAACUCUUGUGUUUGUUGUUCAAGAGGUUUGUUUCGGAUCUGAGCCUGGAGUCUGUGUGCGCACAAUCUUAGUUUGAUUUAUGCUAUGAUUUAUACCAUACUGCUUGUCAAAACCUCUGCCAAAAACAACCUAAAUAUCAUCUUGGCUAACACUCUAUCAGUACGUGUAAUUGUACAAGGUACAGUAUUAUAAACUGCUGGUAAAUAUAUCAUGUGCUAUUUGUUUUGAAUUUAAAAAAAUAACUUCUUUUUUUCUUUCAUUGGUAUCAAUAUAAGCUGAGUUACACUCUGAAAAAGAACUUAGUGGGAAUAAGUUUGCACACAGUUUCCAACAUUACAGCGCAGUAUAUAAUGAAUUUUACAGCUAUUUUAGGUUAAAUAAUUCUCAGCAAUUGCACAGCAGAAUAUUAAGAAAGUAGAUAGUAUUAGUUAACACCUGAUACAAUGUUGUUAUGGAAAUUUCUCUUAAAUUAACUGAUGUUAAAACCAUACAACAUCAAGCAAACUGUCAAUUAUUUUUUAAAGAAAAAAGUAUAUGAGAGUUUUUAUAAGAUUUAUUUUAGUUUUAAAAGAAUACCAGUUUAAAAGCUGCUUAUUUUGGUCAAUAAACUAUACAUCACCAAAAGAAAAAUGUUAUCACUUCAGAAGUUUAUCCUCAAAUAAUAAAAUUGUCUAAAGAAGAAGGAAAACUCUGUUUUAUUUGCAUUUUCACUUUAAUCCUGGCACUUUUUCUUCGAUCUGUAGAUUAAUUCAGUUUGAUAACAAAGGGUUUCUGUGGAAAAAGGGAGCAUUUCCCCUUAAAACUAAACACAAACUAGUUUUCAGUCAUUCACUGCAGUCAAAAUGAUUAUUAUUGAUCCAUUUCUGUAAAACCAGCCUGUAAGGUUCAACAAACAAAAAAGGUCAUAUUUUCUUGUUUCCUUCCUUGUUUUUUUAAUGCAAAUGUGUGUUUGUUUAUUUUAUUUAUUCUUUUUUAUUAUUAUUUUUAAACUAAAACCAUUGUUUUUAUCUAAGUUGGGGCACUUUGUUUUGGGUAAUUCCUCCAGUAAUGUUGUCUUCUGCAAUACAAAUUUUAUGAGGGUUGGGUUGAAACCGACCACAUGUAAUUAGGAUUAUGCAAACAAAUUACAGAAAUAAAAAUAAACCCAAGAUAGAUAUAAAGUGUUCAGAUAUUAUCAUGGAUCUCUUUAUUUUAAACUGUGGUUACAAAAACUGAAGCAAGCAAAACAGAAACCAAAGUACUACAGCAAAUCUGGAGGUUUUUUUUAAGAAUUUGAUGUGAAUUAUUUUCAGUCUCCAAUAUGCACCGUAUGUUAAAGAACGUUUCACUUUUGUUGACAACGACUGCGUUUGGUUGUUUACGAUUUAUGAAUAUGGAAUAUUGCUGCCAUUUUCUGCACAAUGAAAAUAAAAUUGAACCGGAGUUACAAAUGCGUUUUAUCUUUAUCAAAGAAACAAAAAGAAUCAAGAAUUUCACCAAGAAUAAAAAUGUGCAAAUUACAAA